CCCCCUCGACCACAUCUUGAUUCUCCUCUGAAGACUUUCUCAGGGGGUUGUGACCAACAUUUAUUAUUAGCCUCUGUCUCAGCUCUCCCUUUCUCACCCUCUCUAUUUGUCCUCCUCCUCCUGUCAUCUCAUUUCUGUCUGUCACUUUCUGUUUUUGACUUGUACUUCAGCUUUCUUGUUUGAUGGUGUUUGAUUUUUACUUUCCUUUAUUCCUCUUAAGGUAUUCUUUCUUCUCUCGGUUUUGUGGCUAGACUGUAGACUGCAGUUGUGUCUCUCCUUCGCUUCUGGUUUCCGCUGACAACACUGCAGGCUAUUUUUUACUUUGUCACAACUCCGUGUCCUCUAGUUUUUCUGUUCCAUUGCUUUAAAAUUGUAUUGUCCCAUCCUCCUUGUGGUCUAGUUUUUCUGCUGCUGCUACUUCACCUGCCUCUCUUUCCUCCACCUUACUACAACCUCUCUCCAUCCUCUUCUCUUCCACUCAAGCUCUUCCCAUCUCUGAGUUGCUCUGCACUUCAGCGUAAUGGGAAAGACUGAGCUGUACUCUCUCUAUAAGGGUUUUCUGGACUGUAUUUGCCUCUGCCUCUCUCGGAGCGGCGAUGAAGCUGCAGGCGAUAAUGAGAGGGACACUGAGAAUGGCCACCUGAUCUACAAAAGUGGGGACGUCCUGGAAGACAGAUAUGAGAUAGUCGACACUUUAGGUGAGGGAACUUUUGGGAAGGUGGUACAAUGUUUGGACCACAGCAGAGGAGGAAGUCGAAUUGCUCUGAAGAUCAUUAAGAACUUGGAGAAAUACAGAGAAGCAGCCAAACUUGAAAUCAAUGUGCUGGAGAAGAUCAGCGAGAGAGAUCCAGACAACAAACAUCGCUGUGUACAGAUGCUGGACUGGUUUAACUACUAUGGCCACAUGUGCAUCUCUUUUGAGCUGCUGUCUCUCAGCACCUUUGACUUCUUGAAAGCAAACAACUUCCUGCCCUAUCCCAUUAACCAGAUCCGACACAUGGCCCACCAGAUCUGCCACGCUGUCAGCUUUCUCCAUGACAACAAGCUGACUCACACCGACCUGAAGCCUGAGAACAUCCUCUUUGUCAACUCAGACUACUCCCUCAUAUACAACGCUGAGAAGAAGUGCAAUGAGAGAAGAGUAAAUGACACCACAGUGAGGCUCGUUGACUUUGGCAGCGCCACCUUUGACCACGAACACCACUCUGCCGUCAUCUCUACACGUCACUACCGAGCUCCGGAGGUCAUACUGGAGUUGGGUUGGAGUCACCCCUGUGAUGUGUGGAGUAUCGGUUGCAUCCUGUUUGAAUACUACGAAGGCUUCACACUGUACCAGGUCACAUGUGUGUUUGUACUGACUCAUGACAAUAGGGAGCAUCUUGCCAUGAUGGAGAGAAUACAGGGACCAAUUCCUCAGAGAAUGAUUCAGAGGAGCAGAAAGCAGAAGUACUUCCACCGUGGGUGUCUCAACUGGAAUGAGUGCUCCAAGGCCGGACGCUACGUGAAAGCCAAGUGCAAACCAUUAAGGAAGUACUUGUUAUCACACGGGACAGAGCACCACCAGUUUUUUAAUCUUUUGGAGAGGAUGCUGGAGUACGAGCCCUCAAAACGCAUCUCUCUUUCCUCUGCUCUAUGUCACCCCUUCUUCCUGCCCCUCCAUCAUCAAGUAACCAGUCAAGUCUGGAGGAACAGCUGUGAUAUGAGCAGAUAACUCUGAAUAGCCACUUGACCUCAUGAGGACCGUACCAGUGUGUUUGCAAGUUUUAGUUUCUCAGCUACGAAUCAUCUAUACUUUACAUUACAUUUCAAUCAGGAGAGACAACUUGAAAGAAGGGCUUAAAGUGUUAUUAAGAAAUACAUGUAUAUGAUACAUGUAUUGCGCACAAUAGGAAAAGCUGAACAAAUACUGUAUGUGAGGAGUAUUUGGCAGUUAGACCCCAUUUUAUGGGGGUAAUCAGGAAUAUUGCCCCAAUGGGUAAUGUUAGCUGAACAGCUAAGAAAUACAUAGCUGGCUGGCAACAAAAAACACGUAUUCAAAAUCGCUAAUCGCUAAUCACUAUACUAGCAGCAUGUACUGAUUUGGCCAAAAUGUAGCGUGCAGUAUGCAAACAAAAGCAAAAUCUGCAGUAUGCCAAAAAUACCCGGAUGUCGUACUGAUUCGGAAAAACCUCACAUAUUGGGUCCCACAAUGCAAAGCGCUGGAAUAGACACAACAACCGGUCAUUAUUGAAAUGGUGGACAGCAACAGGAGGAAUAUAACUGCUCUGUCCCUAAUAACAAAAAUAUAACUCAACGUUAUUAUGUAUGUCGUGUUGUUUUCUUAUCGACAGCUCACUAAGGUUAACAUUGCUCUCUUCGAGAUAUCAAACGUUAGCUUAGCAGGCUUAACUUAAACGUUAUGGCUUUGUUAUGGGUAGUAGGACAAAUGUAGCAAUACGUUCGUUACAGGUCAUUACAGACACAACUGUGAAUUGUUCUCCUUACACAAGAUUAAAUUAGAAAAAAAUUUUGUGGUAUACUUACAUUUAUAUUCCUCCUCCUUUACAUUAAUGUUUACUUCCGCUUUCCAAAACCAAAACUGGCUAAGCCUGGCCUACCAUACUGCAUGGUUUGCAAAAUGGUUAGCUGGUUAUAUAAAUAUACGUGAAUGGGAGUAAAAGAGCUAAAACAUGCAAAACCACUGGGUAUUGUCUUUUAAAGACUGAUCUUCACAUGCACAUAGAUCAAGUCUGCUUCAAAAUGCUAAAAGAAAUCUCUAAAAUUUAGAGGUAAUAGAUACAAAAGCUUAAGGUAUAUGAUCCUUUAAAAAGUAUCUUUUUAGUUUUAUGCUCUCAGUCACUUGAUAACAAUAAUUUGUGUUUUUUGUAAUCCAUUUUGUAUAGAAUUAUUUCUUUAGUUGUUGUAAUAAAUUCAGUUCUUCUGUU